CGCCUGUAAUAUCUGUCAUGGGAAUUUGUUACACAACGCCAAAACAAAAACAAAAUUUGUUCGAAAUUUCACGUACAGCGCAUAGCGAUAGUUUUAAUCAAGUUUUUAAGCAAUAAAUUCAACUAAAAUCUACAAUUAUGAGUAACUUAAGGCGAGAGGCUCUGAAAUGGUACAAAACGCUUCAGCGCACCAAAGAUCAGGUGUUUGCCGGUGAUCAGCGUACCAUCGAGGCGGCUCGGCAGCGCAUUCGGGAAGAAUUUCUGAAGAAUAAAGAUAUCCGCGAGGAAAAGGACAUUCAGGAGAAACUUAAAAUUGCCCGCGAUGUAGAUAUUGAACUGCGCAGCACAGUGGUCCAGGCGGUGAAGGGCGAUGACAACGUUUAUCACGCCAAAAUCACUAGUGAUACGAAAAAGGUUGAUAACGUCAUGUUUGAUCCGAAUGCUGAGCUGCCACCGCCGAGGAUGAAGAAAUGCGGGGGCGGUAAAAAGUAAUGACCCGAGAUUGUUACACAAAAUUUGUACAUAAAAGUAAAAUAGUAAAAUAAAUUGACUGUGUCUUC